UGAAAAUGAAUCACGCGAGACAGGCCAGAUGAAGGAAUCAGGUAUGAGCAACGAAUGGGAUGAUAAUAUCAACCCAACUGUCUCAACAGGUAAACACCUAGGAAAGCCAAAAGGAAGAGCAGAUCUUGGCUUUUUUGAAGACAGUAACAACGAAAAAAAUAGCGCACGCAACAUCUGCGUACUUUUCAUACACUACAACUUCUAUGGAAUCAAAGACAGGGAACGAGAUGGUGAUAAAGAGGAUGUAGUAACUCUGGAGAAAUCCUUUUACGACGACCGGAAUUGUCACUUUAGAAGCCUGUCAUCACCGCGAAAAGAUCAUCUGCUCCAACUUCUCUCUGAUCAAGAUAAGCUUUUGUCUCUUUUUGACCUAACAGCAGAUGGUGGUCCUUCUGUCCUGGUGCUUGUUUUUCUGUCACAAGGCAAAGAGGGAGAAAAAAUAUUAACCGAUCAUAGGGAUGUGGAAUCAAAUGAUUUCGAACACCUCACCAAGAAGGAAGUAAACGACGCACUAGAAAAAUUAAACAAAUUUAAAACCUCAUUACCUACACUCACCAUAUUUUGUCCUUGCCGAGGAGGUUCAGACGAGGAAACUAUCCGAUCGGAAUCAUGCAGGAUAACAUCAACGGGAAUGCACAAUGCAGCUGUACCCUUCUCCACAUUUGAUUCAACAAGUGCACCACUUGAUUCUACACCCAUCCAACAAUUGCGCGAGAAAACGAUCGAAAACGAUGCUAUUAUUUAGUGGGGGGGCGGAUUAUGGCACUGCUUUUUAUAGCUUGCCCUUGAUACACACUCUACAUGCUAUCCUUAUGCCUAGCAUGGCCAUUUUCUUUCAAGAGGCGGAUUACGGCAACACAACCUUGAAAGAAAAUUGCAACGUUGGGCAUAAUGAUAGCAUUGUACAGUGUUUUAGUGCUUUGCGCGGGAACAAAUUUCAACCCAAACCCGCAUCGAACCCGCUUAUUUCGUACCGCACCCAAACCGCACCCAUAUCUUUUUUCAAAAUUUGAAACCGCAUCCGCACCAAACCGCACUACGCCAACCCGCACCCGUGGGUUUGGUGCGAGUUUGCUGGUUCAACCCUCAAACCCGCGACCCGCGCAAAGCACUACAGUGUUUCAAGGUAAAGCUAAAAAAACAGUGCUGUAAUCUGCCCCCUUAUGGUAUAACGAGUAUUUGUAAUGCAUCCCCUUAUGGAUGUAAAUAAUGGUCACGGGUUUCUAUAGGAUUUGGUAAAACGUCGUAUUGAAUAAUUGGAAUUUUGCGAAAUCAACGCGUAAAUUAUUCAAACAGACGAGUUAUUUUUUAAUUUUUGUAUUUUUCGUUAUCUCCUACUUAUCUCCUAUUUUCUCAAAUUGCGCUUUUCUUAAUAUUAUGUGAGUCGAACGAAUGAAGUGAUGUAAAAAUCAUUCUCCGCAUGCUGAGAAUGAUUAUUAUUGCGUUAUUUGGGAAACCUCGCAGGCGCAUGAGGGGAGUGCAAUGCGUUGCACUCUCGGUGAUUUAAAAGUCAGAGGCCCGAAAACCACCAACAGGCAUAGCAGGCAAGCUGGUGUGCUAUCUGCCAACCAACGAUCUUUGUCUGAUCGGAUUUUCUACCUUCUUUAUAAAUUAUCAAACGUAAAUGGGAUUUUUAUUUGGGCUUCUACCUUAUUUAUGUGACUUUUGUGCACAAUAAUUUAUCGGGCCAUUAUCUGACUAUUUAAUUCGCUACCCUCAGGUGCCCUGCGAGGCCGUUUGGUAUUUCUGACACCGACGGCCUGCAGCGCCUUCUUGGGCAUCGUACAAGAGAGGUGCGGACACCGCCAAUUGUGUCCGCGUGGAUGAUCAACUUGAUUCCACCCUUAUUAAGCCGUAAGAAGAACGGCGACGAAGACAGAGUUGUGAUUUGAGAGAUUUUGUUGAGUACAGUUUUUUGAUAAGCGCUAUUGUUUCAAUAUCUCAAUUGUUAUGUACCCCUUCUAUUAUUUUUUUUAUAUUUGUCAUUACACAUUGUCUGUAGUUCUCUCUUCCUUUCUCUGCGUGCGUGCGUGUGUGUGUGAAUCGCCGAAUCCCAUCAUCUUCCUGGCUCGUGUUCUCGGGUUCAUUGUGCUCCGCUUUCCCUUUUCAUCGCUGGUUGUGUGUGCGCCUUCGUGCCUCGUUAGGAGCCUCCAUCGCAGAGUAAGCAGUUAGAUAGAAAAUAAAUCGCUCUGUCGUGUGCAAUUUAGUUGAAUAUCUAUUCAAAAUUCAUUUUUCUGGAAAAUUAUUUGGAAUGAAGGUAAUUCGAAUUCAAAAUGACGAAAUGUAGAACAAAUAUUUCGUUAAUUUUAUAAAUUCAACAUCUGACUAGAUAAAGAACAAUUAAAUUCUGAUCUGCUCUUUACCAAGUUAAUUUCAAAGAGAAGCUAUGUUAGUUGAAUCGCCUUAUUUCAUGCUCCCCCUUUUUUUCUCAACCUAACGAAUAAAAAAAUACUAAAUAAUAAUUAAAGGGCCAAUUAAAUAUUUGAAUGAUUCUCAAUAUCACAGCUAGAUGGACCUCGUGGAAAAAAUAACAAUCUGGAUCGUGUUUCAAUAAGCUCACAUUUUGACAGCCGCAGAAAGGCCACGGCUUAGAUUUCUUUUUUCGGGGAUUGAAAUUCAUCUAAAAAAAUAUCAAAGCCUGGCGUGUGCGGCUACAAACUAAAUCGCGCAGCACUUAAGCGAUUUAUUUCUAUCAAAUUGCUUGUCUUGCGACUAGAGGCUCCUAACGAGGCACGGAGGCGCACACGCAACCAGCGUUAAAAAGGAGAAGCGGAGCACAAUGAACCCUCAGAACGAGAGCUGGGGAGAAAAAAGGGAGAGUCUGGGUUAGUGGGUCACACACUCGCACAGCCAACGAAGCGCGACAGGAAGAGAAAAAUAAUUUCAAGGCCAGCUAUUGGCUUGGUUAAGAUUGAGAGAGCUGCCAAGUCGUACGCUAGAUGGCCUCAGCCAUUCUCAUAGUGGCUGCUAAUAUACAUGU